UCGCGUUGAAAAAGUGUAAUGUCACUAGUUUUUCAGUGGAGCGCACGGAUUACGGAACGGUCGUCGUCGUCGUAGUGUCCGGGGAAAGCUGAAAAGGUCGGUUCCUCCCGAAGCGAAAGAGUGCCGCGGUGUCCACGUCGUCGUCGGAACCAGUGUGACCGCGAUUCCGGGAUUGCGGUGAUAUUCUUUCUGAAACGGGGAAAUAAAAAAGAGUUUCGGGUUCAAAAUUUCUCUCCUCUUCCUUUCGAGAGGGUGGUGAAAAGAGAAAAGUGGCCAACUCCAGCACGGUGUGGCUGCGUGUGUGUGAGUGUGGUGUACGUGUGCGUCUGGCUGGCUGGUGUGGCCCCCCUUUGCCCUCCUCCCACCGGCCCUCCCCCUAGCGGAGUUUGUCCAAGAAGCAGCAGAAAGUGCUGAAAAAAGUUUUUCCUCUGCGGAGUGUCGUCGCCGAGAUCCCGUUGGAUUGUGGGGUGGCCUCGGGUCUGCCGCUGCUGCCAUUUUGUGCCCACUCCCCCCCGUGCAAGCGGUUUCUACCGGAACGAACCCGGACAGGGGUCCAGAAAGAGAAGGGAGCUUAAGCGUUGGGAGAUCCGGAACAUCACCGGUCACUGUUGGAUUAGAACCAGAGAGCAAGAAGGCUGCUAGCGAACCAUGUCGUCGUCGGGCGAUUUCGGCAAUCCGCUGCGGAAGUUCAAGCUGGUCUUUCUGGGCGAACAGAGCGUGGGUAAAACCUCGCUAAUCACCCGGUUUAUGUACGACAGCUUCGACAACACAUACCAGGCAACCAUCGGAAUAGACUUCCUGUCGAAAACGAUGUACCUCGAGGACCGAACAGUGAGAUUACAGCUGUGGGACACCGCCGGCCAGGAACGGUUCCGAUCGCUGAUACCCUCGUACAUCCGGGACUCGACCGUGGCGGUAGUCGUGUACGAUAUUACAAACGCCAACUCGUUUCACCAGACGUCCAAGUGGAUCGAUGACGUCCGGACGGAGCGCGGCAGCGACGUGAUCAUCAUGCUCGUCGGCAACAAGACGGACCUCUCGGACAAGCGCCAGGUGUCGACGGAGGAGGGCGAGCGGAAAGCGAAGGAGCUCAACGUGAUGUUCAUCGAGACGAGUGCGAAGGCGGGCUACAAUGUGAAACAGCUUUUCCGACGAGUGGCCGCCGCCCUGCCCGGCAUGGACUCGACCGAGAACAAACCCCCAGAAGACACCGUCGAUUUGCAGACUCAACCCUCGGCUUCUGGCGACCAGCAGGACUCGGAAGGUGGCUGCAUGUGUUAAAACUGGGACUGAGCGGUCAGCGGAAUGCAGAUACAUUGAUAUGGAAGAAUAUCCUACGAAGAAAACAAAAAUGACGAAGCAGAGCAGCGCAGCAACAAGCAGCAGUGUGUAUUAUUAGCUUUGCCCAGGUUUUGGUCGAGACUUUUUUUGUACUAUUAAUUUAUAAAUGUGGAGAGCAGCAGCUCCUCAGAUACAAUAAAAUAUAUAAUACUAAAAUUAAAAUAGGGGAAAAUAUGGAAGAAGAAAAAUCAAAACUGAACAGAGUUUCUCCUUUGCAAACGCAAGCUAGUGGCAAAUAAAAAAACGAAAGAGUUCAAUUAAAGAAGGAAAACCUAGGAUUUACCAAUUUAGCUAUGCAGUAACCAAAGCGAACAUUCAUAUUUAAAACUAACAGAAAACAAAAGAAAGCACAAACAAAAAGAAUCAACUUUUUAUGACAAUGGCGAAAGCGAACAAGUGCAGGAUCUUAACGAAAACAUGCAAAGUAUUAGUGACACACCACUCAUUUAGUUCGCUCACCUUGGAAAAGCUGUUGUAAACAGUGCCGCACCUGCUUCCGGUGAGCCCACAAACAUUCAUUCCUCACAUUCUAGCAGAGCAAAAAUCCAUUUUGAAAUCGUUAAACACAACAUUAGCGCUCUUAGAAAAAACCAUGAAACGACAGUUUAAACUCGUCAUUCCCACCAUCCUAAAAUCGAUCAUAAAGUCCCAGUUUAACGAACAUUAAAAAGAAGCGUAAAUAAAUCAAGUGCGAGCAGAGAAAAAAAGGUAAACUUUAAGUGCAUGCUUAAACUCAUCGUCAUAAUAUCAUCGUGUUGUGCAUUGUGAUUUUAAAGCAAUUUGUAACGUCUUUUCCUCCCCAUUUGCCACCUUAAAAAUAAGAGUUCUGGAAGUUAAAAUUUGUAACGGCUAUGUUUUGCUCCAUUUUCUAUCUUUAUCGCCUAACAAACUGGUUUGCUCACUGUAAAAAAAGACCAAACAAAUACAGACCAUCAAAAACUGCAGUGAGUGGUGUACUUCUGAGCUUAUGGCUGGUAACUAAUUCAAACGUUAAACAAUUAAAGUGAACUCCUCGAGGUCGAACUAACAUAAAAGUUUUUGAAGUGCAUUUUUCCAUUCCCCUUAGGAAUCUUGUUAUCUUCAAAACAAAUUUCGGUGAGGUACUUUUUCACGAUUCUCAGUAUUUUCAGUACUCCUUGCUCGUUCUUUCGGCAGGAAUUGUGCAAUCAAAACGCUCAGCACACCGUUUCCGGCAAGACUGAGCCGUCCACCCUUGAUCUUCAGAAAUUCCGGCUGUAAAGGAGCUAUUACACUACCGCAAACAAACAAACUCGCACUUUUUCGUGUUUGACAGUUUACCAAACUAGCAAACUCACAAACAACGCAAAAUGUAUGCAGGCUGACGUGUGUAUAAACAAAUCCAGGCAAACUGUCAAAAAGUGUGAGUUUAUUUGUUUGUUUGCCGUAGUGUCAUAGCUCCUUAACGCUCCCUGCGCCUUGACUUCUGCUGAUUCCAAAAGCUACUCCCGAGUUCCCGCUACACAAAGCCACCAGGGCCCAUAACCUCUUGGAAGGAAAGACGUCCGAUCAGUCCGAAAUACAGAAGCCACCUGGGCCAAUAACCUCUUGGAAGGAAAGACGUCCUUUCAGUACGAAAUACAGAAUUGGAAUGACACUUUGAUAAAUGAUGCAUAUGAUAAACUUGAUCAAAAGUAACGCGAAUCUGGGCGCGGUUUAACCCUAUGUGCUCAUAUGCAUGUGGAAUAGCAAAUGAUUCCAAUACCCUAAAUGGAUAAAAUGUCUGCAAUCUGAAUGAUAAGGAAAGACUCUGCACAGGAUUUGUAAGAGCGCCUUGAGAUUAGAAAGAGAGAUAUGGAUGGGCAUACACGGAAGUUGAGUUAAGAUUACAGGACACUCUCAUAACACGAACUUAGAAUUAUCGAAAGAUAUCUGCUCGUAAAUCUUCCAUACUGCAAAAACUGUGUAUGGGUAAGAGGUGGGCCAUCCAAGGAUAAAAAAAAAAAAAAAUUCCACCAACUGCGAAUUGACCGGCCGAUUCAGUUUCGUAAAGAUCUCCCAGCAGUUCGGCAAAAACAUUUUUCGUGAAAAAAUGAGGUACUAGAAUGCUACAGUUUCUGUUUUGACAGCUGAACUCAAAUCAUAAUACACGCUCAUUUGAUAGCAUUCAUUUCUGCGUAAUUUUCAGUCAGAAUUCAUCAAAGCCGAACCUGCUGAUCCAAAAAAAAUCUGAGUAACCGGUUUUAAUGAAUGACGAAAUUACUGAAAUUUAGAGACGCGCUCUCGAAAAAAAAGAAAAAUCUCAGGUGCUUAAGAAAAAUCAAACAUGCUUUUGAGUGCUGACAAAAAAAAUAUUUACUAAAUUUCCCAAGGUACACCAUCUCCUGCAAGGCUUCACUUGCGUUAACCACACGUGGCAAAUGUGUAUUGUUGUGCAUCUCUCCUAAUACUUGUGAACCCCGUAAGACAAAAAUAAAAUCUGCUAAAUAAUAGAAACGCGAGCUUUCGAGGUUGAUCCAAACAUAAACAGAAACAAAAAAAAAACAUUCACAAAAUGUGACUUUAACAGACAAUUGGAAGUUUUCUAAGAAGGGUUCGGGCGAGGAAAGGUGUGAUUACUGUGGGAUGGGGCCGAUGCAGCUGGCGAAAUGGUUCAGCUUCUUAGAAAAUUUCUUCAUUAAAUGUAAUUUUAAAUGCAUAAUUAAAUGUUAUUGCAGGUAACGGAACUGAAUUAAAAGAGAUCAAUCAUUCAUGUAAUGCGCAGUAGAGUUUCAAACAAAUCACCAUUAGAGGAAAAAACAGAACAUUCAUAAUCACAUCUUUCACUGCCUAGCCGUUGAAAUCCUAGCGUAAACGGUUAUCUCAAGAUUUGCUACAGUUUAGGACGCUGCAAGCUAAUGUUAGCCAAUCGAAUAGCUGCCGACACAAACCACGAAUAACACAGAAAAUCUCAAUCCUAAAAAACCGAAAGCACACUGGUGGAGCUAAUACAGAACCAUAACAGACUCAAUCACUCAAGCAAACAUUAGCUAAAACCGUUUCAAAAAUGGGUAAACAAUAUGAAAGAUAACUAAUAUCGACUUGGAAAACAAAAUAUGAGGAAAAAAGGAAGCAUUAUAGGCAAAAUAUGAAAAUUUUAAAAAUAAACAUAAAUUAAACCCUAAUCGCUAAACGAACGAAAAGAAGUAUCAUAAAUACACAAUAUACCAAAAAAAAAAAAGAAAGCAAACUAAAAAAAUCUCUUUCAUUCCCAUUCACAAAACAUUCAAACCUACACAUCAGAACCGAAACCAAACAAACCAACAGGCAUUCUACAAGUACAUUAUUAUAUAUUAUAAGAAAUUAGACAAGAUGAAAAUGUGCAAGGGAAAGGAUGGCAAAAACGACGCGAGCGUUCUGUGGCUGUUUGAAGGAAGAGGGAGAAAAAAAUCUCUACUGAUGAGGAAAAUCCUUGCAAGAUGAUGAAGAUGAAACGGGGG